GACAAGUCGCCCGCGAAAAGUUUUUCCACGAGUUUUUUCAACCGUGUCGAAUUUGUUUUGGAUGUGAAGUACUGAAAGGAUUUUUUUAGUGACACACCAAUAUCGGAUAGUGUUUUAAGAAACUAAGUGAGCGACAUGAGAAGACUGAAGCGACCGAUGGUGUCGGCGUUUGAUCGGUGUUGAUGGUCGAGCCUGAUGCGAGCAUGGCGUGGAGACGGGGGCCCUGCAAAAGCUUCGCCAUCAGCGUCAUACAGAUCAUCACUAUUAUAUGUCAAGUGCUAACAGAGGAGCCUCGGUUUGCCGAGCCCAUCCCUAACGUGACCGUGGCUCUGGGCCGAGAUGCCAGCCUCCCGUGUGUCGUGGAACAUCUCGGGACCUAUAAGGUCGCCUGGAUCCACAUCGACCGCCAGAUGAUCCUGACCAUCCAUCGUCAUGUCAUCACUCGCCUGGCCCGGUUCAGCGUGUCGCAUGACAACGCCAUGACCUGGCUGCUCCACGUCAGCCAGGUCCAGCAAGAAGACAGAGGAUAUUACAUGUGCCAAGUGAACACCAACCCUAUGAUCAGCCAAGUCGGAUACCUUCAGGUUGUAGUUCCUCCAAAUAUCCUGGAUGAAAAAAGUACGCAGUCAGCUGUUGCGGUGAGAGAAAACCAGAACAUCAGCUUAGUCUGCAAGGCUGAUGGAUUUCCUACGCCCAAGAUCAUGUGGCGACGGGAAGACGGACAACCGAUAUCUGUGGACAGAAGGAAGAAAGUGACAGUGUACGAAGGUGAAAUGCUGAAUCUUCAACGCAUAAGUCGCACGGAGAUGGGCGCGUACCUCUGCAUUGCUACCAACGCUGUGCCUCCGUCUGUCUCCAAAAGGAUUAUUGUGGUCGUUGAGUUCUCACCCAUGAUCUGGGUACCGAAUCAACUAGUGGGUGCUCCGGCUGGCACCGACGUCACGGUUGACUGCCAUACGGAGGCCCACCCCCGCGCCAUCUCCUACUGGGUCUAUGAUAACGUAAUGGUGCUGCCGACCAAGAAAUACGCGAUCAAUACUGAAGAAAAUUCGUACAGGGCCCACAUGAAGCUAACAGUGCGGAGUCUGCAGCUCGGCGAUUUUGGCAACUACAGGUGUAUAUCGAAGAACUCAUUAGGAGAGACUGAAGGUUCUAUAAGGCUCUACGAAAUUCCUAUGCCAUCCUCUUCACCAAAAGCCACAGAAAUGAAGAGCAAUGCCAACAAAGAAAGUCCGCGGCGUGUAAACGCGAGCCGGUCGGUCCCCCGCGCGGACUCGAACACGGAGCGGCCGAGCGUGGUCCGCGCGCAGCUCGACCGCUCGCCGGAGCGCGACGCCGCCCAGCACGUGUACCGCCCGCCGCACACGCACCACGUCUCAGGAACGAAAGCAGUCCAUUGUUGGAGACCUUCAGUAUUAGCUUUUUUUGUCUUAUUUCAAAUGGAUUUUGUAGCCGAUUUUUUUUGAAAAAGUGUUUUUCA